AGAUUAUUUUAGUUAGCCAGCUUUCGGGCAAAAUGUCUUUCAAAAUUUCAAGUAUUCAAUUUUUAUUAGUAUGUAUAGGGAUUACAUUUUUCUUAACUUGUACAAUAAAUCUAUUCACAAAGUUCGACAACUGUAAUUGUGCAAAUGAAAAAGAAAUAAAACAAAUUAUAUCAAAUCCUUAUACCAAUUUUAAGCCAAUAUUUCCUCAUAAACUAGCAGUAUUAGUUCCUUUUAGAGAUCGCUUUGAAGAACUUUUAGAAUUUGUUCCUUACAUAUCAACAUUCUUAUUCAAACAAAAUAUUGCACAUCACAUUUUUAUUCUAAAUCAAGUAGAUUCAUAUAGAUUUAACAGAGCGUCUUUGAUAAAUGUUGGGUUUUUAGAAACAUUAAAAGAUUAUGACUAUAUAGCGAUGCAUGACGUCGACUUGCUUCCUUUAAAUAGUAAUUUAUCCUAUAAGUAUCCUGAAAAAGGACCUCAUCAUGUUGCUGCUCCAUCAUACCAUCCAAAAUAUCAUUAUGCAACAUUUGUUGGUGGAAUUUUACUUAUAAAAAGAGAACACUUUGUUCUUGUUAAAGGUAUGUCUAAUCAAUAUUGGGGAUGGGGCUUAGAAGACGAUGAGUUUUAUGUUAGAAUAAAAGAAGCUAGUCUUUCAAUAACAAGGCCAGAAAAUUUAACUACAGGCACCACCAACACAUUUAGGCAUGUUCAUAAAGCAGAACACAGAAAGAGAGAUACUGCCAAAUGCUACAAUCAAAGAGAAGUUACGAGAAAGCGUGAUAGAAAAACUGGAUUGCACGAUGUGCAAUAUCAAGUUGUCGACCGUAAAAAAAUUACCAUAGAAGAUUUCAGCAUAACAGUUCUAAAUAUAAAAUUAUCCUGCAACAAAUCUCUCACACCUUGGUGUGAAUGUCCAGAUAAUAAGAGCAAUGCAAAAAAACCUGUAAAGACAAAUUCAGACAUGACAAAGUAA